CUCAGGAGGGGCUCUGGGUUUCGGGUCGUGCCUUAGACUUACGUCGGGGAACCAGUCCGUGGCCGAGGCUCGCCGUGGCCAGACAAGCCCCUUCGUUCCCCACGUAGCACUCCAGAUGGUAGCACGAUGACUGUAGGAGUUGGCUCUUUCACUGCCCGCCGCGCUUCAAUCGCCGGUGGAGGGUCAGUGCGAAGGCAGGACGCCUGGGACACCAGUCAGGCGCCGCCAUCUCGAAGCCAUCAGGAAUCCUGAGGGCGCCACGCAGUGGACUGUGGCGCUGGGGCUUCUCCGGGAUGCCCUGCGGUGCCAGGGGACGCCCAGGAGCUCCACCAGGGGCUCAGCGUCGAGUGUGCAAACCAAUGUUGGCUUCUACUUGGGUGCCAUCCGCUCAUGUGGCAGGGUCGGGCAGUGGCAGCAGGCUCUGCUAUUGCUGCGGGAGUUGUGGGCAUCGGCUCUGGAGCGCUCCAUUGUCUCCUACAGCGCCGGAGUCAGUGCGUGCGCGAGAGGCGCGGAGUGGCAGCAGGCGCUGUCGCUGCUGAGGGAGUUGUGGGCGUGGGAGCUGGAGCUGGACGUCGUUUGCUGCAGCGCCGCAGUCAGCGCGUGCGAGAAAGGUGGGAAGUGGGAUCAUGCUCUGUCGUUGCUGAUGGAGCUGCGGGAGGAGGAGCUGGAGCCAGACGUCGCCCAACUCAGCUACAGUGCCGGAGUGAGCGCGUGCGAGAAGGGUGGGCAGUGGCAGCACGCGCUGUUGCUGAUGAUGGAGCUACAGGAAGCGCGAAUUGAGCACAACAUCUUCAGCUACAGUGCUGGAAUCAGCGCGUGCGAGAAAGGCAGGCAAUGGCAGUGGGCACUGUCACUGCUGAGGGAGCUAUGGGAAGGCACGCUGGAGCCACACGUUAUGACGUACAACGCUGGAAUCAGUGCUUGUGCGAAGGGCGAGCAGUGGCAGCAUGCGUUGAUGUUGCUGUGGGAGAUGCGAGAAGUCGUGUUGGAACCGAGCAUCAUCUUCAGCUACAGCGCUGGGGUCAGCGCGUGCGAGAAGUGUGAACAGUGGCAGCAGGCACUGUCGUUGUUGCGGACCUCGUUGGAGGCCAGGUCGCAGCACAGUGUCGCCAGCCACAACGCCGGAAUCAGCGCAUGCGAGAGGUGCGGGCAGUGGCAGCGCGCGCUGCUCCUGCUCCGGGAGCUCCUGGAGUGCUCGCUGGAGCCCCAGGUCGCCAGCUACAACGCCGGGGUGAGGGCCUGCGGGCGGGGCGGGGAGUGGCGGCUGGCGCUGCGGCUGCUGGCGGAGAGCUGCGAGGGCGCGGGAUGGAGCCGGACGCCAUCAGCUGUGGCGCCGUGGCCAGCGCGUGCGACAGGGGCGGGCAGUGGCAGCGGGCGCUGUCUCUUCUCAGGGAGCUCGCGGGCGCGACGGUGGAGCGCAGCGCUCACACUAUGUCUCCUUCAGCGUUGGAAUCAGCGCAUGUGAGAAAAGUGGGCAGUGGCAGCAGGCAGUACUUCUGCUGAGGGAGUUGUGGGAUGAGGGUUUGAAGCUGGACAUCGUGAGCUACAGUGCUGGAAUCAGCGCGUGCGAGAAAGGCGGGGAGUGGCAGCAGGCGCUGCGUUUGCUGCGGGAGGUCAGGGAUAGCAGCAUCGAGCUGGACGUCGUCAGCUACAGUGCCGGAAUCAGCGCAUGCGAGAAGGGCGGAGAGUGGCAGCAGGCUCUGUUGCUCGUGGGCGAGGUAUGUCACUCGAAGCUGGAGCCUGGUGCAAUCACCUACAACGCUGGCAUCAGUGCGUGCGGGGUGGGUGGACAGUGGCAGCAUGCGCUGGCUUUGCUCAGGGAGUUGUGCGCAUUACCAGGGGAGUUGCGUGAAGCGAAGAUCGGUCCCACGGUAAUAAGUUACAACGCCGGAAUCAGUGCGUGCGGACAGGGCGGGCAGUGGCGCCAAGCACUAUCGCUGCUGAUGGAAUUGCGGGAAGUAGAAUUCGAACCGACCAGCAUCAGCUACUGCGCUGGAAUCAGUGCGUGCGAGAAGGCUGAGCAGUGGCAGCGGGCGUCAUUGCUGCUGAGGGAAAUGGCGCAGGUAAGGAUAAAGCCGUGCGUGGUUGGUUAUAGUGCUGCGGUCAGUGCGUGCGAGAAGGCUGAGCAGUGGCAGCAGGCGAUGACGCUGAUGAGCGAGUUGCUGGCAGAGGCGCUUGAGCUGGACGCCAUCUGUUACAAUGUCGGUAUUGCUGCGUGCGAGAAAGGCUUGAAGUGGCAGGAGGCGUUGUCGUUGCUAAGAGAGUUGUGUGAAGCGAAACUGGAGCCAAACCCAAUCAGCUACAAUGCUGGAAUGACUGCCUGCAAGACGAGCGGGCAGUGGCAGCAGGUUUUUUUACUGCUGCGGGAGUUGAGCGAAACAAGCAUGGAGCCAGACGUCAUCAGCUGUAGUAUUGGAAUCAACGUCUGUGAGAAAGAGGGAAAGUGGCAGUUCGCGCUAUCAUUGCUGGGCUGGCUGCGCAAGUGCACGUCACUUUUGUAUGUCACGGAGCGAAAUGGAGAAGUUCGUAAUCACACGAUGCAACAUGAUUUUGGAGUUUGCGGUCGGUGUCUUGAGACAAUAUGUACUCACGGAUACGUGUCUUCUGCUGACGCACGAAGGGCAGG